GCAAAGUCCCGAUGGAGUCCUUCCCUUCCAGCUUCCUCACUCUCCUCCUCAUACUCUCCUUCCUCCACCUCUUUCCGGCCAAUUCUCAGCCUGGGGCCACCACCUUCUUCCCGGAAAAAGCCCUCCCGACAAAAUCGGGCUACCUUCCUAUCAACAGCACGUCUGGCUCAGCCAUGUUCUACGCCUUCUACGAAGCCCAGCAACCCAAUUCUGAAAUCCCCAAGACACCGCUCCUCGUCUGGCUUCAAGGCGGCCCGGGCUGCUCUUCCUUGCUCGGUAACUUCUUCGAGCUCGGCCCGUGGCUUGUGCACUCUAAUUCCAGUGAUAGGAAAAACCCAUUUCUCAAAUCCAAUCCCGGCGCCUGGAACCGUCUCUUCGGUCUAAUUUUCUUAGACAACCCGAUCGGCACCGGCUUUAGCAUUGCCGCCACGGAAGAUGAGAUCCCAAGAAACCAGAAUUCAGUAGCCAAACACCUCUUCAUUGCCCUCCAAGCAUUUCUAUCUUCGAACCCGUCUUUCAAGUCCCGCCCUCUCUAUAUAACAGGAGAGAGCUAUGGAGGGAAAUUCAUUUCGGCAAUCGGACACUAUAUCUUGCAACAGAACUCGAAACUUCCCACGUCGCGCCGUGUGAAUUUACAGGGCGUCUCGAUUGGGAACGGGAUGAUGCAUCCCGUCACUCAGGUGACGGCCCACGCAGUGACUGCGUACUACUCUGGCCUGAUCAAUGCAAAGCAGCGUCACCAACUUGAGGAAUUCCAAGCCAGGGCUGUUAAAUUGACCAGAGAGGAGAGAUGGAGGGAAGCGACGGAUGCACGGAGCCAUGUGUUGCGUUGGUUGAGGAAUACGACGGGAUUAGCGACGAUUAAUGACCUGAGUAAGAAAAGGCCUUACAAGACGAACAUCGUUGGCGUUUUUCUGCAGAAGGAAGAGGUGAAGGUGGCAUUGGGUGUGGAGAAAGGGAUGGUUUGGAAGAACUGUGGUGGUGUUGUGGGGAGAGUUUUGCAUGAUGAUGUGAUGAAGAGUGUGAAGUUUAUGGUGGAGGAUUUGGUGAAGAAGAGUCGAGUGCUUUUGUAUCAGGGGCAGUUUGAUCUGAGAGAUGGGGUAGCGUCAACUGAGGCUUGGAUGAAGGAGAUGAAGUGGGACGGAUUGAAGAGGUUUCUAAAUGCGGAUAGGAAGGUUUGGAAGGUGAAUGGAGAGGUGAGUGGGUAUGUACAGAGAUGGGGAAGCUUGACCCAUGUAGUCGUUUCAAGGGCUGGACACUACGUGCCGGCCGAUCAAGGAUUGAAUUCUCAGGCGAUGAUCGAAGAUUGGGUUUUGGAGAAGGGCUUGUUUGGUGAUGAGAAAAUGGUCAUUUCGAGCUUCCGUGGCACUCUUUGAAUCGAUUUUCCGGUUGUGAUGAAAUAAGUUUGGUUUGGAUUGCAGGAAUUCAAAACAAAUUGAAAGUUUAUUACUGUUGAAUUUGAAAUGUAUCGCUGCAAUAGAAUGAAUUGGGUCGAUUUAGUUUGGCCAAAAGAUCAGUUUGAUCAAUGGGAAUUUUGUGGUUGAGCUACGAUCAUUUCAGAACAACUCCUUAAAACUUGGAGAUUUUUAAAAUCCCGAAAGAUUAUGAGUAUUACCUUUUUUUUUCUUUUCCUUUUUUAUGUUUCCUUCAAAGCCAGUAACACACCCUCCAGAUGCAUUUGGAUGACUAAAUAGCAUAUCCUAAGGCUGGAUUUGUACAAUUUAAAUAGCACAUAUCCUAAGGCUGCAUUUGGAUGAUGUUUUGAAU